GGCUCGCUGUCCUUUAUGUUGGAGUGGUUCUGUUUCUCCUCCCUCUUCGCGUAUUCCCGCCCACUCUGGAGUUGAGACAUCUCUACUAGCAGCAGUUUUCAAAUGUUUCAUACGAUUGCUUUAAACUGAAGUUAACUUUUGAUUCAAGAGGAAAAAAAGGUUCAAAAGGAACGAAGUAAAAAUCAAAGCUGUGUUUUUUUUAUAUUGUGUGAUUCUGCAGUUCUCCAUGCCGUGGCUAUGGUGAAGUGGCUGUGAGGGUGUUAAAGCACGGCUCUUGUGGCGAUACUGAGUGUCUGUGAGGUGUCUGUUUUGGCGCUCCUCUUUUACCCAGGGACAUUGGUUUGGGCUCCAUCAUGGCGGGGUGCUGUCUAUCCGAGGAGGAUAAAGAGUCUCAGCGGAUUAAUGCCGAAAUUGAGAGGCAACUGAGGAGGGACAAGAGGGACGCACGAAGGGAACUCAAACUGCUACUGCUGGGGACUGGUGAAAGUGGCAAAAGUACAUUCAUCAAGCAAAUGAGAAUCAUCCAUGGCGAUGGCUAUUCCGAUGAAGACAGAAAGAACUUCACAAAGCUCGUAUUUCAGAACAUUUUCACUGCAAUGCAAGCAAUGAUAAGAGCUAUGGACACUCUCCGCGUACAAUACAAGAAUGAACAAAACAUGGACAAUGCAAAUAUGGUCCGAGAAGUGGAGGUAGAUAAAGUAGUCACGUUUGAGCAAAAAUAUGUUGAAGCAAUAAAGAAAUUAUGGAGUGAUCCUGGCAUCCAGGAGUGUUACGACAGACGUCGAGAGUAUCAGUUGUCUGAUUCUGCCAAAUACUAUCUUAGUGACGUAGACCGCAUUAGUUCACCAAUAUAUAUACCAACUCAGCAAGACGUACUGCGUGUCAGAGUACCAACAACUGGAAUAAUUGAAUAUCCUUUUGAUUUGGAGAACAUAAUCUUCAGGAUGGUAGAUGUUGGAGGUCAGAGAUCUGAACGAAGAAAAUGGAUUCAUUGUUUUGAGAAUGUCACCUCAAUCAUUUUCUUAGUUGCACUAAGUGAAUAUGAUCAGGUUCUGGCUGAAUGUGAUAAUGAGAAUCGGAUGGAGGAGAGCAAGGCAUUAUUUAAGACAAUUAUCACCUAUCCCUGGUUUCAUAGUUCCUCAGUCAUUCUCUUCCUAAACAAGAAGGAUCUUCUGGAAGAAAAAAUCAUGUAUUCUCAUUUAGUCGAUUAUUUUCCAGAAUAUAAUGGUCCUCAACAAGAUCCCACAGCUGCUUGUGAUUUCAUCUUGAAAACUUAUCAAAAUCAGAAUCCAGAUAAAGAAAAGGUCAUCUACUCUCACUUCACAUGUGCCACAGACACCGAGAAUAUACGGUUUGUCUUUGCUGCUGUCAAGGACACUAUCCUACAGCUAAACCUGAAGGAAUUUAACCUGGUGUAAAGGACAGACCAGCAGCAAGAACCAGCUUCACAUCACUCGAUACCUUUUGUCAAGCUCUCUGUUUUUACUUGACAACUCUGUUGUACUUUAUCUGUAAGCUACACUUAGGAAUUUGUGUCCAGUUCUAAAGCGAGCUUGGUAUUGACACUGCAGAUACAUCACUUCUGUGUUCUAUUCAGAAUUUUUCAUUCACAGUUUUUCUAUUUACAAAAAAGAAGCUGCGGUUUUCUACACAUUUCUGAAAAAGGAUUUGCACAGAUGUUUAAAGCUUUAACUGAGGUGUUUUUAUAAUAAAAAUUGCUGGGAUAUGGGUCAUGUUGAAAUGGACCUAAAUAUGUUUUCCAAAGGUGGUUUUUUUACAACUUUUGUAAUAGUAACUUCUCCCAAAUCUAGUUUUACAUAUCUCUCUGUGUCAAAAGUAUAUGUGGCAUUCCUGGAAUCCAGAGGUUUACUGAAUGCAAACAUUAUUGAAAAUAAAGGGUACAAAAGAACUUUAUGAUUCCCAUGAUGACUACUGUAUGGGUUGCAUUUAGCAUGCAGAGGAAUUUUAAUUGAGAGUAAAUGGUGUACAAAACAAAUACUUUGAUUUCCUUUUGAGAUUUAUUCUGAUUUGAUUAUUUAGAAUCAUAGCAUAGAUUAACCACAGAUGUUUUCAAUAGUUAAAAUACUGACAUUAAUUAUUGCUUUUAAUGGCAGCAAUGUAGAAUAAACAUAUUAUGAAUAUUGAAUGAGUUGCAAAACAGGAAAGGAAUUUUAAGUAUUAGCACAACAGAUUCCAGAAUGAUUCUUGUUGGGCUAGUGUAAAAUAUUUUUAUUCAAGCUAUUAAAACAUAAGUUGCUCAUUCCAUUUGUGAGCAAUGAUAUUGUAGAUAAAUUCCAGUCUGCUUUGAUGUUUGUGCUUUCAUAGACUUUCAAAGGAUAGGUGGAUCCACUCCACAGGAUUUUAUUUAUUCUAUUAUUAUUACCAUCGAAAUUACACCUAGGUACAUCAUGUUUAAAUGCUUAUGGACAACUGUAAAUAUGUAUUCUAUAUAUAUUGCAUCUUUUCUAGCUUUGAAAAUUAUUUAUCUUGGUCAAAAAGGGAUAUUAUUUGUUGAAAUAAUGUAGUAUCAAUAAUUGUAAAAGAUUGUACAGGUGUUUCCACAUUUUGGAGAGUUAGGUAAGUAAUCACUUGUUUUGAAGUUGAGAUAUAAUUUGUAAUGCACAAUUCUGCUAUAUAAUUGCAUUUUGAUUUUAAACUUUUUCUCACUGAUAUAUUUUAUGAACAGUUAAAGAUUAUAAGAAUUUUUAAAGUCUUACCUUUGAGUUUUUACACAUUAUGCAAUACGUCAUUGUCUUUGAAUGUUAAAAUACUGUGCCUUGAAUUUGAACAUCAUUUAUAUAAAGGCUUGCUUUUGCUGUGAUAUCCCUUCUGAAUGUGACAGGAGUGAUGCAUCUGAGUGAAGUCAGUCUGCAAUGUUAGCCACUUUUGUCAUUAGUGCUUUCUGUAAUGUUACAUUCCUAAGAAUUGGAUGCCAGCUGCAUAAUCCUUGUGGGGUUAGAGUAUGUGGUGCUGGAAAAACAUAGCAGGUCAGGCAGCAUCAGGAAUUUUAAUCAAGGGCUUAUGCCCGAAACUUCGAUUCUCCUGCUUCUCAGAUACUGCCUGACCUGUUGUGCUUUUCCAGCACCACACUCUUGCCUCUGAUCUCCAGCACGUGCAGUGCUCACUUUCUCCUAAUCCUUGCAGGGGGCAACAUAGUCUGAGUCACUAGUUUAAAGCAGUACAGGUUGUGUUUUCUUAUUUUUUCUUGAAUUCUUCAAUUUUAUAGACAUUUUAAAGAAAUCAAAUUAAAACUCCAUAUAGAGGACACCAUUCUAAAUAUUAGUAGAGACGGGUUACAUAGACAAGUGAGAUUUGGGAAAAUGGAUGUAUGGACGAAUGUGUUUCUGCACAUUAUUGUUGAGAUUAACUUGUGUGAAGAAUGAUUAUAUAGUAUGUCCUCCUUUGGUGUUCAUAAAUUAUGCAUCUUUUCAAAUUUGUGAAAGGAAUUAACAAUACCUUCACUAGGAUUUGAUUUAAAUUAAUUUGCAGUGUGUACUUGAGCAGGUAAUUUGGUAUCAAUUCAACAUAUUAAGUUACACUGUGACAGCCAAAAGCCACUUGACUGAAGCAGGAAUUUCUAAUCUUGAGAAACUAAAUUUGCAAAUUUUCAAUCUGGGAAUCAAUUAUUUAAUUUGGAUAAACAAUUUUAUUUCAGGAGCUAAAAUUGAAGCCUAUCUGUACAUACUACAAUUUUAAAAGUUGACCAAUAGGUGCCAGGCAGAAUGCUGCUGUGAAUAAUAAUGAACUUGCCAAAUACCAUAUUUUCAGAAGGUGCUAAAAUAGAUUGCAGAAGGAUGAAAUCUUAAAUGCAUUUUUAAUAUCCUUGUUUCAGCUAUAUCACACUUUUUUUGUUUUAUUGUUUAAAAUUAGCUUAAUAUGUAUAUUUCACCCUUCGAAUUUAAAAGCCUAUAAAUUGCAACUUUUAAAAUCUGACAGAUCAAAGAUUGUUAGGACUUUUCUACUGUAUUGUAUUUUGGUC